CGCUGCCGAGGGGUCGUGGGAGCGAUGGAUAUCCACGCCGGCUGUUAUCACUCUGGCCUGACAAGUGAUCAGUAGCGUUAGAUUUAGAUUUAAAUGUGGUCAUAACAGGAAUUUAUAGAAUUCUGAACUACAGAUCAAACAGUGUAGCUGAAUGUUAAUCGCAAGUGAAAACAUGGAGAGUCAGUAAAGAUUAAAUGCCGCAGAACAGGCCUGUAGUCCACAGGCUUUUAGGAUUUCACCACUCCUCAUUCGGAGCAAUUUACUAACAGUCUUCUAGUACACAAUUGGCUUGCAGCCAUGGCAGGCAGGGGCCGUGGAGUAGCUGCCUUCACCUUCAACAUUGAGGCUCUGGGAAUCGGUAGAGGCAGCAUGCCAGAAGCCAGGGUGGGGCCCAGUCCGCUGUUUCCAAACACAGACUUUAAGCCAAUACCACUGAAAGCUGGAGAGGAUGAGGACUAUAUGCUGGCCUUAAAGCAGGAGAUGAGGGGAGCCAUGCAACGACUGCCACACAACAUUAAGCGUCAGUCCAACAAGGCAGAAGUGGAGAGGUACACAGAGAGAUACCUGAAGCAAAGACUAGUGGAAGAUGAGCAAUGGACUCCAGACUGGAACCUUUUUCCAAAGGAAUUGAUGCCCCAAAAGAAGAAAGCCCGUCCUAAAUCGGAUACAAAGAAGAAAACUGUGAAGUUGUCACGCAAAGAUGCAGAAGAUAUGAUGACUAAAUUGAAUGACUUGGAAAAGAAAGAUGGUGAUGCUGAAAACUCAGCUGAUGAGACUGAAAAGAAACCAGGGAAUGAGGAGGAUGAGGGGGAAAUUGAAGAUGAAGAAUAUGAUGAAGAGAUUGAAGAGGAAAAUGACUAUAUUGACAGUUAUUUUGACAACGGGGAAGACUUUGCUGCAAACAGCGAUGACAAUAUGGACGGUGAAGCUACAUACUGACAAUCGGCAAAGGAAAUUCAAGCUUGUGUUUUUGAAGUGAACAUUCACUACAUUAUUUCUGAUAGUUUACUGAAAGUAUGUUGUAGUGUCUGGCAGUAUAGUUAUUCUAUUUCUUUGUUUUGAGACCAUGAGGUAAUUUUGUAAAUAAGAAAUGCCAAACUGUGUGUGCAAUGGCAAUAAUUUAAAUAAAAUAGAUUUAUUUAUUCUCUGACCUGUAGUACAUUUCCACAGGUUGAAAGGCACAUACUGUCAACAACACAAUGCUUUUCAUAAAAUGCUGAAUGAGUGAUAAAAUAAAAAGGGCUACAUAACAAAUUCUGAGAUUUCACAAUUACAAGUAUGAGCCUUUGUGGAAAUGCCACGCAUUUCCCAGUUUCCUCAGAACGCUGUUGGAGGUUCACUGAAAAGAAAAUUGCAGGUCUCUUCAGGCAAGCUAAAGGAAUGACAAAAUUUCAAGCAACAUGGAGAGAAAUUUAAAAACAAUUAAAUUUCUUAGGUUCUAAUACUGAUAGUGUAAGUAAAACAUAUGCUGAGUAGUUCUGUAAUAAAUCUAUAUUAUACACAAUGGCAACAAAUUUUUCUUCACAAUGAAGUGUUUGAAACAUACUAAUGUGAAAAUGGCAAAAAUUUACUGUAUAACCAAAUUCACAGAAUUAAUAGUUCUCUAAGGUGUGUCCACUAAUCAUCACUGCACAGAAGAAAUUCGAUAAAAAUGUUGCUUUAUGUCUGCCUUUCAGUUCUUUUGAGUCUGGGUGUAGCUCAUCAACAUUACAGUUGAUAAAUGGUGAUAAAAACAUCACCUCUGAUACAGUGCAUAUUUCCUACACAGAUGACAACUUGAAACCUUGUAUUAAAGGUCUGCCCAUCUUAGCUUCAAUCCAUUCAUCUGGCAGAUAUUUAUGGACCUAAUCUCAACACAUGAAUGCCAUUUACAAAAAGCAAAUAAAUGUAAAUCAACACACACCCUUACUCUUAGUCUCCAUAAAAAA